AUGUCUGAGAUACGUAUUUUACCAUUAGGAGCUGGUCAAGAUGUUGGUCGUAGUUGUAUACUUAUCACAAUGGGUGGUAAAAAUAUCAUGCUUGAUUGUGGUCUUCAUAUGGGUUUUCAUGAUGAUCGUCGAUUUCCAGAUUUUUCUGUCAUAUGUAAAGAUGGUCCAUUAACACCAUAUAUUCAUUGUGUUAUCAUAAGUCAUUUUCAUUUGGAUCAUUGUGGAGCAUUACCUUAUAUGACUGAAGUUGUUGGUUAUAAUGGUCCAUUAUACAUGACUUAUCCAACGAAAGCAAUUUGUCCUCUACUUCUUGAAGAUUUUCGAAAAGUAACAACAGAUAAAACAACACAACAAGGACCAUAUACAACAGAAGAUAUAAAAAAUUGUAUGAAAAAAGUAAUUCCUGUUAGUUUAGGACAAACUGUUAAGGUAGAUACAGAUUUUGAAAUAAAAGCUUAUUAUGCUGGACAUGUGUUGGGUGCAGCUAUGUUUCAUAUUCGUGUUGGUCAACAAACUCUUGUUUAUACCGGUGAUUUUAAUACAACAGCUGAUCGUCAUCUUGGUUCUGCACAUAUUGAUCGAUGUCGACCAGAUGUAUUAAUAACAGAAUCCACAUAUGGUUCAACUGUACGUGAUUCAAGACGUGCACGUGAACGUGAUUUUAUGGCUAAAGUUGUUGAUUGUGUUCGGCAUGGUGGCAAAGUUCUUGUACCUGUAUUUGCUGUAGGUCGUGCUCAAGAAUUAUGUAUUCUAUUAGAAACAUAUUUAGAACGAAUGAAUUUAAAUGUACCUAUUUAUUUUGCAUCGGGACUUUCAGAAAAAGUUAAUACUUAUUAUUCAUUAUUUGUUUCAUGGACCAAUGAAAAAAUUCAAUCAACAUUUCAUCAAAAGAAUAUUUUUGAUUUCAAACAUAUUAAACCAUGGGAUCGAUCUUAUGUGGAACAACCAGGUGCAAUGAUUGUGUUUGCUUCACCUGGAAUGCUUCAUGCUGGUUAUUCACUUCAUUUAUUUAAAAAAUGGGCACCAGAUGAAAAGAAUAUGAUUAUUAUACCUGGUUAUUGUGUCGCUAAUACUGUAGGCUCAAAAUUAUUACUUGGUCAACGACGUUUUGUAUUUGAUGGAAAAGAAAUUGAAGCGAAAAUGCAAGUUCAUUAUAUGUCAUUUUCAGCUCAUGCCGAUGCUAAAGGCAUAACACAAUUAAUUCGUCAAUGUCAACCGAGUAAUGUUGUUUUAGUUCAUGGUGAAGAUUUAGUAAUGGAUUUUCUUCGUGGUCGAGUUCAAGAUGAAUUAAAAAUUCCUUGUUUUAAACCAGCUAAUGGUGAAACAAUAAUCAUACAAACACCACAUGGUGUACCAGUUGAUAUUGAACCAGGACUUGUGCAACAAUUAAAAGAAGAAACUGCUGAUGUUAGUAGAUUUGAAAAACGAACAAAACAAAUGCGUGGUACAUUAAUUAUUAAAGAUGGUCGUCUUCGUCUUGUUCGACCAUCAACAGCUAUGAAUGAAUUAGGUCUUGUUCAUCAUACAGUUCAAUUUCAUUCACAUUUUUCAUCAACAACUAAUAUUCGUCCUAUUCAACUAGUCUCAUUAAUUCAAUUACUUGAACGAGAAUUAAAUAAUAGUGAUAAUGAAUCAAAACAUCGUAUUAUACUUAUCUCUGAUAAUCUUCUACAUAUUGAUAAUCAACAAUUGCGUGUAUCAAUUGAAUCAAAUGGAGAUAUUGAUAUUGCUUGGACACUUAACAAUGAAUUAUUAGGUCAAAAAGUCAGUUCGCAUAUCAAAUCAUUUAUUGAUCAAUAUACAUCAACAGCAAAUGUUAUUACAAUUAGUGACAGUGCUGCUAGUCCUGAUCCAAUGUGA